AUGGACGAUGGAUCAGAGCAACAGCAUCCGACUACCUUUGACAGUAUUCCGAUGAGGUGGUCAGAACAACAAUCAUACCCUCACUCAUAUCAUGGCACACCGGCACAGGAGUAUCCAGGAUUUGGCUGGGGGUCGCCACCACUUCCAAUUCAGUCAGCUGCUUUCUCACAAUCACCGCCGCUGAGACCAACACAUCAACAACUCCAACCUUUGAUGGUGCCGUGGCCGAGCAUGAUAGGAAGUCAACAGACUUUCUAUCCACCUUUGUUACCGCAAGCUCAAGUGGGUACGACAUCGCCUCCUACAGUAACACCUGUGUCAGCAGGCUCGUCUUCCCGGUCGGUUCCAUCGGUGCGCAAGACUCUAUCGGAUGAUGAUCGCCGGAGAAUGUGUAAGUACGCCGAAGACAAUCCAACAGCCAAGCAGACUGAGAUAGGGUAUUUAUUCGGAGUAGAGCGAAGCACUGUGUCAAAGGUUCUGCGGAAGAAAGAGCAAUACCUAAACCAUGCCCCACCAAAGGAAACCCCACGCUCACCACCAACCAAGCGAUCCAAGGCACGACUUCCUGACAUUGAAAAGACUCUCGCAGCCUGGAUAUCAAAGGAGCAAAAGAAAGGCUCAUUCAUCACUGACGACGCCAUACGCGAACAAGCCUACUACUUUGCCUCCAUCCCCGGCCCUGAGAACCCAGCCGCCAAUCCGAUCAACAACCCAGGCUGGCUGGAAAAGUUCAAACUCAAGCACCACGUCAAUGGUUUCGGGACCAAAGCCACCAGCGAUAUACGCAAAGAUUCCGUCGCCACUGUUGAAAGUGACAAUAAAACGCCAACAUCACCUUCUGAUGACCCUGUAUCGUCUAGCUCACCAGAUACCGUCUUUCCGGCCAUCCUCGAUACUACCAUGGACUCCAAGCCUACUUUCCCCUCCCACCGCAACAAGCGGAGAAAAUCACCUCCCUCCAUUGAUACAGCGAUAACCUCUCUGGGCAGCGGCACCGCUUGUUUCAGCCCUGCACUGCUAUCCCCUACUUCCCCUUUCUUUUCCUCGUCUACCUCUCAGACGUCGCAAGGGUUGCACUCACCAUUCUUGACGCAGAACUUCAGAGCAUUGGAUACGUUUAUGGUUGACUCGCCUCCGGCAGAAGACGAAGCACAUGGAUUCUUUGGCGAGGGGGCAAUGGGAGAGGCAAAGGAGAGGUUGGGGAGUAUCGACGAGUGUAUGGAGGAUGUUUCUUUGACCGCCGGGGAUGCAGAUGUCAAGACUGUUGACCCCAGCGCCUUGAGUGCCAAAGUCACAGAAGAGGAAGCGAGAAAGGCGUUGAGUGUGCUGGUCAAGUUUUUCGAGGAUCAACCUAGGGGUAGUUUGGAUGUUGCCGAGGGGAUGCUGUUGGGGAGGUUGAAGGAGAAGUUGUUGCGUUGA